UACGCAAUUUAUAAACUAUUGUGCACUCUACUUAAGCGAUCGGAACCCAAAAGAACAAGAAAAUUUUGCACUGACAAACUUUUAAUUAGAUGACUUGUGUUUUUAUGAGGAUUCUGCUAUACACAGUGGACACAUUUUUAUAAGAGUGGUUUUCUCCCUUGCAACAUACGGGCAUCUAAGUCAGAAUCAAUUAGAUAAAGGACAGGGACUCAAUCUACACCGUUUUUUAACAUCAACGAAGUGUGCACACGCAAUUUGAAUACAUCCAUAUUAUGAACUGAAUAGAAGAGAAUACACUAUUUUCUACAUUUUCAAAAUUGUUUAUGUCGAAGAAAGAAGCUGGAUAUUGUUUAAAAUGAUUUGAUCAUAAUCAUAAUUACAAUUGCUUAUUUCUACACCAAUACUUAGUCAGUUCGUAUUCUACGAUUCUUACCCUUGGACAGAAUGGGAAAUGAGAAUUCUACUGUUAUAUAUACGAAUAUUUACCAGGAUCCGUAUGACACGCUACCGCUCGUACUAACUCUCAUAUCAGCACCGUUAUCAAUUAUUGGAGCAUUGUUGAUUUUUAUUACAUUUAGUUUAGCAAAUGAGGCUAGGAACGAGACGAGAAAGUUACUAGUGUGUUUAACCAUAGCCGAUUUCAUCAUGGCGAUUAGCUCCACUGUUGGAAACAUUCGGUACGCCGUAAAAUACGGAAAAUCAACAAUAAUAGAACUUGCUUGCCCAAGCAAAGAAUGUGAUUAUCUUUGUCUGAUUCACGGCAGUGUCCAGACAUGGGCAAAUUUAUGUUCAUUUUUCUGGACUACAAUAAUAGCCUUCCAUUUGCUAACGAAUGUUGUUUUCAAAACGAGGGAACAUUAUUUCACUUUGAGGCUAUGUGUUCAUGGCGUAGCAUGGGGAGUGCCUCUUGUCAUAGUAAUACUAGCAAUGAUCAAUGGCGUUAUAGGUGAAGACUACAGGGUCGGAAGUGGUCUGUGGUGCUGGAUCUCAGCCUGCCUUACUACUUCAGAACAGUUUUUCUGGAUGAUGGUAACAGGAAAAGGCUGGGAACUUCUUAUGUACCUCCUAACUGGAGCUUCGUAUAUCUUGUUAAAGGGAUAUAUGAUACAGAAGAGAAAAGAACGACAACAAGCCCGCUUGAGUUUUUGUGAUCUAUCCGACAAUCUUCGACCGCUUGAGUUUUGUUUUUAUAACGACGCUAUUUUCGUUGCUAUUUUCUCUUAA